UGCGAAACGACAAGCUCCUCAAAGAAGUUUCUGUAGCUCGUUAAUGCUGAGCUUGAGAUGAUAGAUAUUUGAGAACAUUAUGUCGAUGAAUCGGGUGCGACAGCCAGUGACGAACCUCGUUACGCUUUCAUACCGUCUCCCGCGAACAGGCCGGUCGGCCAUCCGAUCAUGGCGAAGGCAUUAUGCUAAUGGUAGUGGCAGAGCACCAGGGUCAUCUGCUCCUUCGUCAAAUUGGCUUCGUACUUCACUUGGUCUAGGUGGAACAGCUGCCGCUGCGUUCUUAGUCUAUACCUUUGCGACCACCCGAGGCGACCAACUUGAGAGUGCUAUUGAGGCGAAGACCGUUACGCCAAAGAUUGCUCAGGAUCUGGAUUCCCAGUAUGGUCAAGUGCUCCGCGAUCUCAAAAUUUCAGAGAAGUCUGGUGCUGCCAUUACUGAGAAUGGUGAUCUGGUUCAAUGGGGCAAGGGGUACUCAGAAACUGACUUCAAACCAACAAAGACCUUGACUGGCAAGGACUUGAGGUCGUUGUGCAUGUCGAGUGAUCGCAUACUUGCAUUGGCUUCAAACGGAAGUGUAUACUCACUCCCAAUUGCCAAGGAUGACCAAGAAAGCGGUCGGAAACCCAAGGAAGGCUCUUGGUUCCCAUUCAGCUCUGGAAGAGCUGGCGUGAGCUAUCGGUUGCUUGAACCUGCAUUGAGGCUAGGCGAAAAAGUCACCGCCAUCAGUGGUGGACUACAGCAUGCGCUUCUCCUCACGAACUCUGGUCGAGUCUUUUCCGUCGCUUCUUCCACUGAGGGCUAUCCUUCCUUUGGACAACUUGGUGUGCCUGGAUUGACUUGGUCGACUCGACCUCCAGGGCCCGUGGAUACCUGCCAUGAGGUGAAGACCCUCGGCAACUCUAAGGUUACUGGAAUUGCUACCGGAGAUUACCAUUCUUUGGCGCUCACCAAGGAUGGAAACGUUUACGCCUUUGGCGACAAUUCCUUUGGGCAGCUGGGGUCCGAAUUCGACCCUGCCCAGCCAUUCAACGAUACCCCUACCCUAGUACCACUGAAGCUUUUCUACCCAGGCAACGCCUGGCUUCCCAAGGUGACUGCGAUUGCAGCUGGGGGCGCCAACAGUUUCUUCACCGUGGAUGCUCAACGGAUACUUGGCCCUGGCGAAGAUCGUUCUACGGUGCGUGACCUGGGUCGCAUUACGGCUGACACGUGGACUUGCGGCCGGGGCAUCUGGGGUGCUCUCGGAAACGGAAGAUGGACGCACCUACAAGACGCACCUACGAAGGUGAAGGCAUUGAGUGGCCUGUUCGAGUACGACGAACGAACAAAGACCCUCUUGCCUAUCCGACUACGUAGUAUCUCUGUCGGUACAACGCAUGCGUCGGCCAUCAUGGACAACAAAGCUCACGUUGACACUUCGGCCACGACGUCUCUGGAGAAGUCCAGCGACUGGGGCCACGACGCGCUGUUCUGGGGAGGAAACGAACACUUUCAGCUCGGCACCGGCAAGAGGAGUAAUUUAUCCAAGCCGUCACAUAUUAACGCGCCUUCAGGUUCCGAAUCGAAGAGUGCUAAGCAAGAGGCACGACUCCAAAUCAUGCCUCGUCACAAGGCCAAAGUGGGCAACCGCACUGUGAGCAUGGAACAGCGGAUUGAGUGUGGAAGGCACAUCUCUGCGAUUUACUCUGCUAAAAGAGGUCGUCGCGCGGAGGACAAGGCCAAAAAAGACGCAGCCGCCAAACGAAAGCGCGAUGAAGGCCCUGAAGAAUCCGCGGUCAAGAGAUUGAAGCCCUCCGCCGAGACAGAUACCUCGAACAACGAGAUCACUUCAGGAGCGGAUUACAUCCCCUUGGAGGCAGAGGAUGGCGGAAACGGUGUUUCAAUGAACGAUGCGCCCGCGAACGAUAUGCCUUUCUACGGUCUCCUGGACAGCGAAGAGCAGGAAUACUUUUCGAAAGCCAACGAGGUAUUGGAGCUUAACCAGUUCAAUGAUGCGGAAGAGCGAAGGCUUUUCGUCGACAGUGUCUACAGGGAAGCGGAUGGAAAAGAAUUGAAGGUUGCUUGUAGUCAGUCUUGCUCGCGGCUUAUGGAGAAAUUGAUUUCGCUCUCCGACAUGCGCCAAAUUCGGAGACUCUUCAGCAAGUUCAUUGGCCAUUUCUUGCAUCUUGUGCAGCAUCGGUUUGCGAGUCAUUGCUGCGAGACACUGUUCAUGAACGCAGCGCCUGGAGUUACUGAAAAAGUUCCCAAGCCGAAAGGCCGCAAGGCGGAAGCGGACGAGGAGGACGAGCCUGAACCGGAAUUGUCGCUGGCGGAAAUGUUCAUGAAGGUCGUUGAGGAACUAGAAGGGAAUUGGGGAUAUUUGUUGACGGAACGGUUUGCGUCGCACACGAUCAGAGUCUUGUUACUGGUUCUGGCCGGGGAGCCAGUCGACCUGUCAUCCACCGAUUCGGUUGUCGCCAGCCGGAAGAAGGAAAGGUUGGGAAUCGUGAACACGGAUGCAUCCGAGGAAAAGGCCGUUACGGAGAGGCGUAAAGUACCAGAGGUUUUCGAGGCUACGCUGAAGAAGGUUAUGAGUGACAUGGUCUCCGGGCUGGACAACACUUACUUGAGAGCCCUGGCAACCCACCCUGUAGGGAAUCCCGUCUUACAGGUGCUGGUAUUCCUUGAACUGUCGCACUUUGGCAAGGCGAGCGCUAAGGAUCCCAAUUCAAUCAUCAGGAGGCUCAUUCCGGACGAUGAUUUCGGGGAGAAUGCUGAGAGUUCAACAUUCGUCAGAGGCUUACUCUAUGAUCCCGUCGGUUCUCGUUUGCUCGAGACCAUCAUCAAGUCUAUGCCCGGAAAGCUAUUCAAGGGACUCUACAAGAACGUUAUUCGCGACCGCAUUGGCUCUCUUGCACGCAAUACAACGGCUGGAUAUGUGGUUCUCAGGACGCUGGAGAGACUAGGAAAGGACGAUCUACAAGAUGCUAUGGAACUAAUCAUCCCUGAAAUCCCUGGUCUCAUUGAGAGAUCUCGCUUGAUUGUCCCUAAAGUGUUGAUCGAGCGAUGCCUCGUUCGCGGGGUUGACACCAAGCCGCUUUCAGAUGCCUUGGAAUCCGCUUACGACAAAGACCCGGCACGAAGAUUGGAACAAAUGCUCAAGCUUGAGCCCGCGGCAAGUGAGGGAGACUCAGAGGAGAAGCAGAUGCAGUCAGGCAACAAUCAGACAGCAGCUGCACAGAAAUUACAUGGCUCGCUUCUUGCUCAGACGAUGCUUACAGCUUCCGGACCCGUGAGCGGGCUCAUUUAUUCCAGCCUGCUAGCGCAGUGUUCAGAAUCACUUCUCAGAUUAGCCAAAGAUCCCACAGCCUCCCGUGUUCUACAGCAAGCCCUAACUGCUCCAACUUCGACAUCUCAAUUCCGGCGACAGUUUACUACGCGCUUCUCGGGCCACUUGGUAGAACUCGCGCUUGAUAGCAGUGGAUCGCACGUGGUGGACGCGUUAUGGCCGGCGACGAAAGACUUGUUCUUUGUCAAAGAAAGAAUGGCACAGGAAUUACUCAAGGAAGAAUUGACUCUCCGGGACUCUUUCGUUGGCAGAGCAGUAUGGAGGAAUUGGUCCAUGGACCUCUACAAGAGACGGCGAGGAGAGUGGGCUUCGAAGGCGAAAGGCCUGGACAGUAUUGAAAACGGCCAAGGCGAGCGACCUAAGUCUCGCAUUGACUUGGCCCGGGCUAAAUUUGCAGCAAAGGCAGCGGAAGAGAAUUUGCUUGUUUGGAAUAUCAUAAAAUUGCUGUAUAGAUGUCUGUGUCCCCACCGUCGAGUCGCGCCGAGGAAGUGCGAAAACGCAGUCGAAGAUCUCCUCAUCCCGUUCAUCCAGUCCGCCGACGAAAAUCCUCUCGGCCUUUCGCUACAGCAAAAUGGGGUCAAUGGAACGAAUGGUGCGAGUGGUGCGAAUGGACAGUUGAGAAAACCGCGGACAGCUUUAGUCGACUACAAAAAACCGGAAGAGCUUCGGGAUAUUCUGCGAUUAUCACUUCCGGAAAAGGGUGCCAGACAAGAUGGCUUGAUUGAGGUUCUGCGCAAAGUGUUGAAGUAUUCCGUGAAUACAUGGCAUCAAGGAUUUCUCGACAAACUAUAUGCGUCAACGAAUGCUCCCGGUGUGGCAUCCGAGCUGAUUUUGGCGGCUCUCAACACGAACGUGCAUGUCUACCAGGUGUCGCCGGCUUUGACUAUUAUCGAAAAGUAUACGGGAGAAAAGUUGGCUUCGCUAUUUGGUCUCAACGGACCACGAGCAGGUGGAAUUUCUGUACAAGGGGGCUCAGCAUCCAAUACCACCUCAAUUGUCAUUGCGCGCAACAACCUAUACCCCGAUACAAAGAAAGAUGGCAACGGGGACUACAAGUUUGUACUCUUCACCAGCGACCAUGGCCAUUACAGCAUCGAGAAGGCGGCACAGAUGCUGGGCUUGGGAAGCAACUCCGUCUGGGCAGUGCCUGUGGACAAGCAAGGUCGCAUGAUCCCGGAAGAACUCGAGAAGCUGGUUCGAAAAGCUCUCCAGGAGAACAGGACACCGUUCUAUGUUAAUGCAACCGCCGGAACGACGGUAAUGGGCUCCUUUGACCCUUUCAACGAGAUCGCCGCCAUCUGCCAGAAAUACAACCUCUGGUUCCAUGUAGACGGCUCAUGGGGCGGCUCGUUCGUCUUCUCCAAGCGCCAGAAGCACAAACUCGCCGGCGCCGAGAAAGCAAAUAGCAUCGCCAUUAACCCUCACAAAAUGCUCGGUGUCCCCGUGACUUGUUCUUUCCUCCUAGCCGCAGACAUCCGCCAGUUCCACAAGGCAAAUACUCUCCCAGCCGGCUACCUGUUCCACAGCGACGACACGGAAGCGCGGCCCAACGACCAGCUCAGCACAGCGGAAAACGAGCUCUCCGUCGAUUCUCCGGAGGUGUGGGACCUGGCUGAUCUCACGCUCCAAUGUGGACGACGCGCAGACUCCCUCAAGCUCUUUUUGGGCUGGACGUACUACGGCACGGAGGGAUACGAGCAGCAGAUCGACACGGCUUGCGACAUUGCCGCACACCUGGCGAUUCUCGUCUCCGAGAACCCCAACUUUAUCCUCAUCAGCGAGAACCCUCCCCCUUGUCUCCAGGUUUGCUUCUACUACGCGCCGGGCGGACAGCUCGUACACUCGCGCGGCGUUGUAUCGAACGAGACCGAGCGCGCAAAGGCAAACAGCAAGGUCACGGAAGAAGUGACCCAUGCUCUAGUACACAAGGGGUUCAUGGUUGACUUUGCACCUCCUAGUGGGGACGAGAACGCUGCCGGGGACGGGAAGUUUUUCCGCUGUGUGGUCAAUGUCCAGACGACUCGCGAGACUGUUGAAGCUCUUGUUCGUGCUAUUGAGGAGGUGGGCCCGGCAAUCAUCGACAGGCUUAAGGCCGAGGCUGCUUCGGUUCCCAAACGGAGGCCCGGAGAACGAGGCCACGGACCUGUGGUCCACCAGGCUUAG